AUGGUGGCUAUGGCUAUCGUUUUUUUAAUGGUUAUCUUUAACCUUGGUAUCACCGAUGCUCAAUUCUGUUAUACAAAUUGUGGUAAUGGCUAUUGUUGUCCAGCCUCCCAUCCGAUGUGUGUUCAAGGUUUACCCAAAUGUUGUCCUCGAGGAACAAUCGUUUAUAUCGGUGGUCUGUGCUACAUUCGACUCGGAAAAUCUGCUGGUAAACAGUCGACAUUAAAUGCGACAGAUGCAGCUCAUACUAUGAUUUAA